AUGACCCUAAUGAUGCAUCAAGAUCACCUGUCGUCUCAUCCAUCGUCCAAGCAUUCGAGUUUUGUUGACAAGCACAUUCAAACAACGACAAAGAAGGAAGUUACGUCCAGCAAUCAGAAAGGAGAUGACGGUUUGCACAGCGUUGCAGGAUUGGAUUGUUCAGCGCACGGGGGACCUUCGAAUGAUCUGGCACAAGAAAUGGUUUACUGGAAAAAUCUACCAAACGACGAGAGUUAUGUGUCGCCGUUCCGCGAUCCAGGCCAGCGUCGAUAUUUGACAUUCGAGCCUGAUGGGGGUGGAUGGAACAAUAUAAGAAUGAGCAUGGAGACAGUCCUGGCAAUGGCCAUAGCGACAGGUCGUGUCCUUGUUUUGACGCCAUCCCAAAAAAUGUACCUCCUUGGAGGCACCGACUUUUCCUUUGCCGAUUUCUUCCCCCUUCAUAGCAUUGCGAAAGAACAUCCUGGAUUGGAAAUCAUCACCAUGAAGCAGUUCCUUGAAGAAACUCACGGCAAGCUAAAGAAUACGGAAACCAACGAGAUAUCGUACCCACCACACAACACUACAGAGUGGGACGGAAAUACGGGCAGCGUGAAGAGCGAACUGAAUCCAUGGCUUCGAACGAUUGCAUACAACGCCGACUGGAAUCCGGACCAUUGUCUGGCAGCGUUCCCAUCUUCCAAAGAUUUUACCAGUGAAGCCACAUUGACGUCUACCUUUGAACAAGUAAAUAGCGAAAAGGUCAAUUUUGAACAGUUUUUCAAUCAACCAACACCGGUGAAUGGUACCAUUCACGAUCGAAUGGCCGAAUUCAUUGCUGGUAGGAGUGCAAUGUGCAUGUAUGACAACCAAGUACAACGAGAACAAGUUAUUCAUUUUGCGGGCAAGGCAAAACUUGCGGGUGGUCGACUGCUAGUGCAUUUCUAUGCCUUUUUGUUCUUUUCCGAUUGGAAGGCGGAUUUGUGGAUGAAGCGUUUUGUGAGAGACCAUGUGAGAUACAUUGAUGAUAUCCAGUGUGCUGCUGCCCGAAUUGUUGCGGCAGUUCGAGAGGAUGCUCGAAAAAGAAUAAGCGACAAUGCAGAUGGAAUCUUUGACAGCUUUCAUAUCCGCCGAGGAGACUUUCAAUACAAAAAGACAAGAGUGGAGGCAAGUGAAAUACUCAAGGCUGCCGAAAAUGAGAUUCCAAAGGGUACAUUUGUUUAUGUUGCGACUGAUGAAAGAGAUAAAAAGUUCUUUGCGGAUAUGGAAGGUUAUUGGAAUGUAGUUUACAUGGAUAAUUACAUGCACCUUCUUGAUGGAGUUGACAAAAAUUUCUUCGGCAUGAUUGACCAACUCGUUGCUUCGCGUGGCCGGACAUUCUUUGGUUGUUGGUUUUCUACUUUUACAGGAUAUAUCACUCGACUUCGAGGAUAUCAUUCCCAAAAUGCUCAGGCAGAAGGCUCUGACAUGGGCUUGCUACCUAACAGUUAUUAUUACGCGGUGGUCGAACACAAGACAAAACUACACGACUUCUGGCCAGUCAAGAAGCUUUACUACGCCAGAGAGUAUCCCGUAUCAUGGAGGAAUAUUGAUUUUGAUGCACCAAUAUGA